AUGGGACGACAAAGUUGGCGACUGUUACGCCGACAUUUGUGACGCGUCCUUUAAAUACGAUUACGAGUAUUUGGGAAAUGUUCCGCGAUUAGUGAUAACGCCGUUAACCGACAGAUGUUAUAUUACUCUAACGCAAUCUUUACAUCUUAUAAUGGGUGGAGCGCCUGCUGGUCCUGCAGGAACUGGGAAAACAGAAACCACGAAAGAUUUAGGAAGAGCAUUGGGCCAAAUGGUUUAUGUGUUCAAUUGUUCCGAACAAAUGGAUUACAAAUCUUGUGGAAACAUUUACAAAGGCCUUGCUCAAGUGGGCGCCUGGGGUUGUUUCGAUGAAUUUAAUCGCAUUUCCGUGGAAGUACUUUCAGUGGUUGCCGUACAGGUGAAGUCAGUUUUGGACGGCGUGAAAAGUCGUAAAUCGACGUUUCUGUUCUUUGGGGACGAGCUUAAUCUCGUUCCCACCGUUGGAAUGUUCAUUACUAUGAAUCCUGGAUACGCUGGAAGGACGGAAUUACCGGAAAAUUUGAAAACGUUGUUUAGGCCUUGUGCCAUGGUAGUUCCAGACUUCGACUUAAUUUGUGAAAUAAUGCUGGUAGCAGAGGGUUUCCAAGAAGCAAGGUUGCUGGCUAGAAAAUUCAUAACACUUUAUCAGCUAUGUCGAGAACUUCUAUCAAAACAGGAUCAUUACGACUGGGGUUUACGAGCGAUUAAAUCAGUCCUGGUGGUUGCCGGGAAACUAAAACGAGGCGAUCCUCAAAGAAAUGAGGAUCAGGUGUUAAUGAGAGCUCUCAGAGACUUCAACAUUCCAAAAAUUGUGACAGACGAUGUGCCUGUUUUUAUGGGACUUAUUGGUGAUUUGUUUCCUGCUUUGGACGUACCGCGAAAAAGAGAUUUGGAUUUUGAACAAACAGUCAGACAGUCUGCUUUGGAUUUGAAAUUGCAACCAGAAGAGGGUUUUAUAUUAAAAAUUGUGCAACUAGAAGAGCUGCUUCAUGUUCGUCAUUCAGUUUUCAUUGUCGGUUUUGCUGGAACAGGAAAGACCGAAGUUUGGAAAACACUGAAUCGAACUUACAUCAAUCAACGAUUAAAACCGUACUACAAUGACUUGAACCCAAAAGCAGUGACUAAUGAUGAACUUUUUGGAAUUAUUAAUCCAGCCACACGAGAAUGGAAAGACGGAUUAUUUUCUGUGAUAAUGAGAGAUCAAGCAAACAUGCAAGGAAACGAUCCGAAAUGGAUUAUCUUUGACGGUGACAUAGAUCCAAUGUGGAUCGAAUCGCUGAACACUGUCAUGGACGACAACAAAGUACUGACGUUGGCUAGUAACGAAAGAAUUGCUUUAACGGAUCACAUGAGGCUUCUCUUCGAGAUUUCAAAUCUUAGGACAGCAACACCUGCCACUGUUUCUAGAGCUGGAAUCCUUUACAUAAAUCAACAAGAUAUCGGGUGGUAUCCAUUUGCAAUCAGCUGGAUAGAAACUAGAAACGCAUCGGAGAGAGCAAAUUUGAUUAUUUUAUUCGACAAAUACGUGCCAACUCUCAUAGACGUGACAAAGAGUAGGUUCAAAAAAAUUACGCCGUUACCAGAAAUUUGUCAUGUGGAAAUGCUUUGCAAAUUGCUGGAUUACUUCUUGACUGAAGAAACUGUACCGCCAGAAUGUCCAAAGGAAUGGUACGAACUGUAUUUUGUAUUUGCCUGUAUAUGGGCAUUUGGAUCUGCGACUUUUCAAGAUCAAUUAGUUGAUUGGCGAAACGAGUUCAAUAAGUGGUGGCAAAAUGAAUUUAAAACUAUUAAGUUUCCAGCUGGUAGCAAUAUAUUUAACCUUUUUAUCGAAGACGAAACGAAAAAGUUAUCCCCUUGGACCGAGAUAGUGAAGCCCUUUGAUUUGGACUAUGAUAUUCCUCUUCAAUCUACUUUAGUGCCAACCGGUGAAACAGCGCGUCUACACUUUUUCUUGGAUGUUUUCAUAAAGCAACACGUGCCUGUGAUGUUGAUAGGUGCACCAGGAUCAGGAAAAAGCGUAAUCAUGGCUGAGAAACUAGCAUCUCUCCCGGAUAGUUACAAUAUCGCGAACGUACCUCUUAAUUAUUACACCACAUCCGAAAUGUUGCAAAGAAUUAUGGAGAAACAUUUGGAAAAAAAAACCGGAAAAAAUUAUGGACCACCCGGUACGAAGAGGUUGAUUUAUUUCAUCGAUGACAUAAACAUGCCCGAAGUUGAUACGUAUGGAACUGUUCAACCCCAUACACUUAUUCGGCAGCAUGUCGACUAUAAUCAUUGGUACGAUAGAACGAAAUUAACGUUGAAAGAAAUACACAGUACGCAAUAUGUAUCCUGUAUGAACCCUACUGCUGGAAGUUUCACGAUUAAUCCUCGCUUACAAAGACAUUUCGCUGUCUUUGCGGUUAGCUUUCCAACUGAAGAGAAUUUAAUAUUGAUCUACAGUCAAAUGCUCGAGCAACAUUUGGCGAAUCCUUUGAACAAAUUUAAUGUGGCGUUGACAAAAAUUUCCGAAUCCUUAUUAAGUGCAGCAUUAUACUGCCACAACAGACUCCUAGCAACAUUUUUACCAACUGCGAUCAAAUUUCAUUAUGUAUUUAAUCUACGUGAUCUUUCGAAUGUCUUUCAAGGUAUCCUUUUUGCAAACGGUGAUGCAGUUCCAACGGCAAAUCAUUUGAUACGAUUGUACGUCCACGAAGCCACAAGAGUGUAUUCCGAUAAAUUAAUCAGUACUGAUGAUAAGAAAAUGUUCCAACAGCUGUUGAACGAGGCGCUUCGUAAGAAUAUUUCUGAAAUGGACGAUAAUGUUGUAUUUUCUGAACCAAUAAUAUACUGUCAUUUCGCUGAGGGAAUCGGUGAACCAAAGUAUAUGCCAAUAAAAGAUUGGCAACAAUUGACAAAAUUACUAGAUGAAGCUUUGGUUAAUUAUAACGAACUGGUUGCAGCGAUGAACUUGGUUUUAUUUGACGAUGCUAUGUACUAUGUUUGUCAAAUAAAUCGCAUUUUGGAAUCACCAAGAGGAAAUACACUGUUGGUAGGUGUUGGAGGAAGUGGAAAGCAGUCCCUUUCAAGCCUUGCGUCUUUCAUCUCGACUUUAGAGGUUUUUCAGAUGCAAUUACGAACAGGUUAUUCAAUAAACGACUUAAGAACCGAUCUGGCUGGUUUGUACUUGAAGUCUGGAUUGAAGGCAAUUGGAAUUACCUUCAUGAUGACUGAUUCUCAUGUUGCCGACGAAAGAUUUUUGGUUCUUAUAAAUGAUAUGCUUGCUUUCGGUGAAAUUUCGGAAUUAUUUGCCGACGAUGAAAUGGAUAAUAUCGUCAAUGGCGUAAGGAACGAGGUGAAACAAGCCGGUAUAAUGGAUACUAAAGAAAAUUGUUGGAAAUUUUUCAUCGAUCGAGUUCGAAGUCGAUUGAAGUGCGUGCUUUGCUUUUCUCCCGUUGGAACAACUUUACGAAACAGAGCCAGACAAUUUCCGGCAAUUGUAAAUAACACUUCGAUCAACUGGUUCCAAAGCUGGCCACAGGAAGCCCUGAAAUCUGUUUCUUCGAGAUUUCUGGAAGAGCUGGAGGAUCUUCCAAAGCAAUACAAGAAAUCAGCUUCUCUAUUCAUGUCAUUCGUGCAUACCAGCGUCAACGACAUUUCGUCGCUUUAUUUACAAAACGAGAGAAGAUACAAUUAUACCACGCCAAAAUCAUUUUUAGAACAAAUUUCACUGUAUUCCAAGUUGCUCGUGGAGAGAACAUACGACGUGAAAGCAAUGAUAGAGAGAUUGAAAAACGGAUUGGAGAAGUUAGAAUCUUGCGCUGGCCAAGUCAGCGAAUUAAGAGUUGUGCUAGCAGCUCAAGAAAUCGAAUUGAAUAAGAAGAAUGAGAUUGCAGACAAAAUCCUUGCCGAGGUUCGAGCAGAAAAUGCCAAAGCUGAAGCUGAAAAAACUAUUGUGUCUGAGGAAGAAGGAAAGGUAGCAGAGAUAAAAGAAGUAGUAACAGAGAGACAAAAACGAUGCGAUGAGGAUUUGGCGAAAGCAGAGCCAGCAGUUCGACAAGCUGAAGCUGCUCUUGACACACUGAAUAAAAAUAAUUUAACUGAACUAAAAUCCUUUGGAACACCACCCGAGCAAGUAGCGAUGGUAGCACAAGCUGUUUUGGUAUUAUUCGCUCAGAGAGGUCAAAUACCAAAAGACAGAAGUUGGAAAGCGUGCAAAGCAAUGAUGGGCAGCGUGGACACGUUUCUCUCGUCACUUCGAAAUUACGACAAAGAAAACAUUCACGCCGAAGUAGUGAAAGCUAUUCUACCUUAUAUCAAUAACAAAGAUUUCGACCCAGAAAUUAUUCAUUCGAAAUCACAAGCGGCUGCAGGCCUCUGUAGCUGGGUGAGGAACAUAAUGGUUUUCCACCAUAUUAACGAGACUGUGAAACCAUUACGAGCUGCCUUGGCACAAGCCAAUGCUGAACUAAAAGCUGCUAUGGACCACUUGAAUGCCUUAAGGGCACGAUUAACGGAGUUGCAAAAAGUUCUCGAUGUCCUAGGAGAAAGAAUGAAUGCCGCUUUAAAUGAAAAACAAAAAUGUCAAGAUGAAGCUGAUGCUACUGCGUUAACCAUUGACCUUGCAAAUAGACUAGUAAAUGGUUUAGCAUCCGAAAAAAUUCGAUGGACCGAGACAGUUGGAACAUUGACGGAUUCCUGCGUAACAGUACCUGGCGACAUCCUGCUUGUAACAGCAUUUUUGUCAUAUAUGGGAUGCUUUACGCGAAAAUACAGAUCCGAUUUAAUGAUCGAAAAUUGGUUACCAUUUUUGGAAAACUUGGAAGUAAAAAUACCAAGAACUUCUGAUUUAGAUAUUUUAUCGUUAUUAACGGACGAUGCACAAAUUGCACAGUGGAACAACGAAGGUUUACCAACCGAUAAAAUGUCUUCCGAAAAUGCAGCCAUUUUAAUGAAUUCAACAAGAUGGCCGUUGAUGAUAGAUCCACAGUUACAAGGAAUAAAAUGGAUAAAAAAUCGAUAUGGAGAAGAAUUACAAGUGCUUAGGCUUACUCAACCGAAUUACUUGCUUCGCAUUGAAAUGUCCAUUUCGAAUGGUGGAAUUGUUUUGAUUGAAAACAUCAUGGAAAGCAUAGAUCCCGUUUUAGAUCCCGUUAUUAAACGAGAUCUAAUAAAAAAGGGACGGGCGAUCAAAAUUUGGGAUAAGGAAGUAGAUUACGAUCAUCGGUUCCGACUAAUAAUACAAACAAAGUUAGCUAAUCCCCAUUAUAAGCCUGAAAUACAGGCGCAAACUACUCUUAUCAAUUUUACCGUAACAAAAGAUGGUUUGGAAGAACAACUUCUUGGAGAUGUUGUAAAAGCCGAAAGACCCGAUUUGGAAUCGAAGAAAGCUGAACUAACUACUCAACAGAACACGUUUAAAAUUACCUUGAAAACAUUAGAAGACGAUCUUCUUCACAGAUUAUCAACCGCUGGACCUAAUAUCUUAAGUGACGUCGAUCUCGUAAUAAAUCUGGAGACAACAAAAAAAACGGCCGCGGAAAUCGAAAUAAAAGUGGCGGAAGCUAAAAUAACGGCCGUAAAGAUAGACGAAGCUCGAGAGAUUUAUCGAUGUGUCGCAGCCAGAGCCAGUCUUCUAUAUUUCGUUCUAAAUGAUUUGAGCAAAAUAAAUAUGCUCUACCAGUUUUCUUUGAAGGCUUUCAGCGUUGUCUUCCAGAACGCAAUUAAAUUUGCGGAGCCUGAAGAAGUUUUGCAGAAACGUGUCGUUCUUUUAAUCGACAGCAUCACUUAUCUAGUUUUUAUAUACACCAGUAGAGGAUUGUUCGAAGCCGACAAAUUGACCUUUCUUUGCCAAAUGACCAUUCAGAUUUUUAUGGAGUCGAAAGAAAUCACACAAUCGGAGCUUGAUUUUCUAUUGCGAUUCACAUAUAUUCCCGAUUUAACCAGCCCGGUAGACUUUUUAACAAAUAUUGGUUGGGGUGGAAUUAAAUAUUUGAGUCAAAUGGAUGACUUUCAAAAUUUGGAAAAAGAUAUCGAGGGCGCGGCGAAGAGAUGGAAAAAGUUCGUUGAAUCAGAAACACCAGAGCGAGAAAGUUUUCCACAAGACUGGAAGAAUAAAACUGCUUUGCAAAGAUUAUGUAUUAUGAGAUGUCUUAGAUUGGAUCGUAUGACAUACGCAAUUAGAUGUUUUGUGGAAGAAAAACUUGGCUCUAAAUUUAUAGAAUCCAGGUCUCCUCCGUUUCAUAAAUCUUUCGAAGAAACGAGUUCGAUUACGCCUGUAUUUUUCAUACUUUCACCUGGCGUCGAUCCUUUGAAGGAUGUAGAGAAACUUGGAAAGCAAUUGGGUUUCACAUUUGAAGGAAGAAAUUUCCACAAUGUGUCACUUGGACAAGGCCAAGAACCAGUAGCCGAACAAGCAAUGGAAAUUUCAGCAAACGAAGGACAUUGGGUGAUUUUGCAAAAUGUUCACCUAGUAAGGAAAUGGUUACCUAUGCUGGAGAAAAAGAUGGAACAAUUUUCGGAGAAUCCCGAUGACAAUUUUCGACUGUUCAUUAGCGCGGAACCCAGUCCUGAUCCUCACGAAUCAAUAAUACCUCAGGGUAUACUAGAAUCAGCCAUAAAAAUCACAAACGAGCCACCAUCGGGAAUUCAAGCGAACAUCCACAAAGCGUUGGAUAAUUUUAGUCAAGAAACUCUUGACUCAUGCAGCAAGGAAACUGAAUUUAAAGCCAUAUUAUUUGCACUUUGUUACUACCAUGCUGUACUUGCAGAACGUAGAAAAUUUGGACCGCAAGGAUGGAACAGGUCUUAUCCAUUCAACGUUGGAGAUUUGACAAUCAGUGUAUCUGUACUAUUCAACUAUUUGGAAAAUAGUAUCAAAGUACCUUGGGAAGAUCUUCGUUAUUUAUUUGGAGAAAUAAUGUACGGAGGCCAUAUAACAGAUGACUGGGACAGAAGACUGUGUAGAACAUAUUUAAUAGAAUAUUUAAAACAAGAAUUAGUUGAAGGUGAAUUAUACCUAGCACCAGAUUUUUUGGUACCACCCAACAGUGAUUAUGCUGCCUACCAUCAAUACGUUGACGAUUACAUACCUGCUGAGAGUCCUGUUCUGUAUGGACUUCAUGCUAAUGCAGAAAUUGGAUUUUUAACCGCAACUGCAGAAAGUUUAUUUAAAACGUUAUUGGAAAUACUGACGAGAACCGCAGGCGAUGCAGCAGGGGGUGAGGUUUCACGAGAAGACAAACUUAAAGGAAUUCUAGAAGAUUUAUUAGAUAAAUUACCAGAAGAAUUUAAUAUGCAAGAACUUAAUAGCAAGGUGGAGGAUCGCACACCAUACGUUACAGUUGCUUUACAAGAAUGCGAACGAAUGAAUCUAUUAUGUGAAGAACUUAAGAGAUCUCUGCGAGAGCUGGAAUUAGGCUUGAAAGGAGAAUUAACAAUCAACGCUGAAAUGGAAGAUCUGCAAAAUUAUAUAAUGUUGGACUUCGUUCCGCCAUCUUGGACAAAGAAAGCAUAUCCUUCAAAUUUAGGAUUAAACAGCUGGUUUUCCGAUAUGUUGAACCGAAUAAGUGAAUUGUCUAAUUGGAUUGCAGAUUUUAGUCUACCGUCAUCAGUCUGGCUAGGUGGUUUCUUCAAUCCUCAAUCUUUCCUAACCGCCAUUAUGCAACAAACUGCGCGCAAGAAUGAAUGGCCAUUGGACAAAAUGUGUUUGUACUGCGAAGUAAUAAGAAAAUACAAAGAAGAAGUCACAUCAGCACCAAGGGAAGGUGCGUAUAUAAAUGGAUUAUACAUGGAAGGUGCGAGAUGGGAUCUCCAAGCUGGAUGCAUUUCGGACUCGCGAUUCAAAGAAUUGUUCCCGCUAAUGCCAAUAGUGUACAUUAGAGCCAUUACGCAGGACAAGCAAGAUUUCAAAAAUGUAUACGAGUGUCCUGUGUAUAAAACACGAUCACGAGGUCCAACUUAUGUAUGGACGUUUAAUUUGAGAACUAAAGAAAAGGCCAACAAGUGGAUCCUUGGUGGAGUGGCAAUUAUAUUGCAAAUCUAA